AAUGGGAGGGAGGGAGGGGCGAGGGCGGGCUCCGAGGAAGGAGGACGAAGGAGAAGAUGGCGGCCGGCUCGCCUCAGGCCUGGUCUGUGUUCGUGAGGCGGGAAGGAAGGCGGCGGAGGGAAGAGGACGGAGAGGCCGAGAGAGAGAGAGAGAGAGAGAGAGAGGACGUGAGAGUUCUCUGGAGCCACCCCUGCCGUGAUGGGAAACGAACCAGCUUCUAGUCGAUAUUAAGGCAUUUGGAAACCAAAGUGCAGGAAGGAAACCAGUCCUCUAGGAAAAAGGAUUCCUCUCAAGGGGCUGAUCCUGCUGAAUUCCUACAUUCACUUUGGAUUCUAGAGUAGAACCAUAGAGUCGGAAGAGACUGCAUGAGGCACCCAGUCCAGGCCUUUGCCGUGCAGGAAAAGCCAAAGUACCCCUGACAGAUGAGCAUGUGGCCUCUGUUUAAAGGAUUCCAAAGGAGCCUCCACUACACUUUGAGGCAGAGAGUUCCACUGCUGAACAGCUCAGGAAGUUCUUAAUGUUCAGAUGGAAUCUACUUUCCUGUAAUUUGAACCCAGUGCUGUGAGUAAUCAGAAAGGGAAAAACAAGAAUCAAGUGUCCUUAUUGGAAUUAAAUGUACAUAACAUUGUUGACAUGGAGGAGAAAGUAUAUAAAUGUAUUGAAUGUGGAAAGAGCUUUAGUCUGCAUGGAAACCUGAAGAGACAUCAAAGGAUUCACACUGGGGAGAAACCCUAUAAAUGCCUGGAGUGUGGACAGAGCUUCUCUCGUAAUUCACAUCUACAUAGACAUCAAAGGACCCACACUGGGGAGAAACCCUAUAACUGCCUGGAGUGUGGACAGAGCUUCACUGAGAAGGGAAGCUUGCAUAAACAUCAAAGGAUUCACACUGGGGAGAAACCCUAUAACUGCCUGGAGUGUGGACAGAGCUUUACUCAGAGUUCAGGACUACGUUCACAUCAAAGGACCCACACUGGAGAGAAACCCUAUAACUGCCUGGAGUGUGGACAGAGCUUUACUCAGAAGGGACACUUACAUUCACAUCAAAGGACUCACACUGGGGAGAAACCCUAUAACUGCCUGGAGUGUGGACAGAGCUUCACUCAGAGUUCAGGACUACGUUCACAUCAAAGGACCCACACUGGAGAGAAACCCUAUAAAUGCCUGGAGUGUGGACAGAGCUUCACUGAGAAGGGAAGCUUGCAUACACAUCAAAGGAUUCACACUGGGGAGAAACCCUAUAAAUGCCUGGAGUGUGGGCAGAGCUUUACUCUGAAGGGAAACUUACAUAGACAUCAAAGGACUCACACUGGGGAGAAACCCUAUAAAUGCCUGGAGUGUGGACAGAGCUUUGCUCGUAGUUCAGGUCUACGUUCACAUCAAAGGACUCACACUGGGGAGAAACCCUAUAACUGCCUGGAGUGUGGACAGAGCUUUGCUCGUAGUUCAGGACUACGUUCCCAUCAAAGGACUCACGCUGGGCAGAAACCAUAGAAAUGCAUGGAGUGUGGACAGAGCUUUUCAUGGAAUAGACAUCAAUUUGAGUUUAGCAUAUUCUAAUAAUUGUAUAUUUAUUUCCUUUCUUAGUUUAAUAAAAUUAUUAGUAUCUAAAUCUUCUAAUUCUCUAUAACAUUUAUUCCCAGAUCCUUAAUUGUCUUUAAUUUUAAUUAUCCCCUCCUGUUUUAUUUUUUAAAUCUCUUCUUAGUGAUAAUUAAAUAACUACACUUCUGACUUGUUCCAGUUAAUUUGCAAAACUUUUAAUUUUCCCAAAUUCUUCUAGGUAAUUUUCAUUUUUUCCCCAUUGUUGUAUUGGGGUUUCCACUGAUAAAUGGGUAUCUUCUGCAAAUAAAUUAAUUUCAUUUGUUUUAA